CUCGCGGUCACGCAGUUGAUAUUGGCCAAAAUUUCUACGGAAAACAAAAAAAAAUUAACUGCGUAGUUCAAGAGAAAUAAAGUGCGUCCUAAACAACAAGUAGUAAUACUUUACAACACAACAACAAGAACAGCAACAACGAGAAAAACGCUCAACUAGCGAAAAGCACAUAGGAAAAAACAAAAACAAAACAUCGAUAUGGCCAGCCGAAAGAAAUCUUUGCUGAAAGUCAUCAUAUUGGGGGACAGCAGCGUUGGCAAGACCUCACUGAUGAAUCAAUAUGUAAACAAACGCUUCUCUAAUCAGUAUAAAGCAACGAUCGGAGCUGACUUUUGCACGAAAGAAGUUGUCGUCAAUGAUCGCGUCGUCACAAUGCAGAUUUGGGACACGGCUGGUCAAGAGCGCUUCCAAUCACUCGGUGUGGCCUUCUAUCGUGGCGCCGAUUGUUGUGUGCUCGUUUACGAUGUAACGGCGCCCAACUCUUUCAAGAAUCUUGACUCGUGGCGUGAUGAGUUCUUAAUACAGGCCAGUCCACGGGAUCCCGAGCAUUUCCCCUUCGUGGUGCUGGGCAAUAAAGUGGACCUAGAUAACCGUCAAGUGUCGACGCGCAGAGCCCAGCAGUGGUGCCAAUCGAAAAACGAUAUACCCUACUACGAGACUUCAGCCAAGGAGGGCAUCAACGUUGAGAUGGCGUUUCAAACCAUAGCAAAGAAUGCGCUAGAACAAGAGACGGAGGCUGAACUCAUCAACGAUUUCCCCGAUCAAAUACGCUUGAAUUCUGAUAAUAAUCGUCCAGGCAACACCGACAAUUGUCAAUGCUAAUGCAACAGCAGCAGGCUGCAGCAUCAACAAAUGGAGUUCAAUAUGAAUACAGAAGAAGAAUACAACGCAAAGUGCAUAAUUACACAAUCUAUAUUAUACAUAAUAGUACAUACAUAAAUAACAGCAUAUAUUAUGAGUAUAAAAAGCAAAUAUAAAAAAUGCAGAGAUCGGGAAGCAGAUGGAGAUGGAAAUGGAAAUGGAGAUAAAGAACAACAGCAAAGUGUACACGUUUAAGAUUAAGUAAAACAA